UGCGCGGCGCUGCUCUCCGCCUUUUAUCGCCGCCGCCUCUCAUAGAAAAUGAAUGACUUCCGGCUACUUUGACGCUCUCGCCGCUUUCGGUGUGAACGUAUGGUGAUGCUUUAUGUGACGGUGACGUAGGUGGCAAGUCGGACAAAAUUAACCGGGAUACACUGUUUUAAAACAAAUAUAGAUUGGCAGAUCGAGUGCUCCUUGUUUGCCUCUUAUUUUCUUUCUGUUCAUUAAAAGUGAAACUCAUCUUCUUCCUGUUCCAUUUGCGCGGGCUUUACGUGGUGGUUUUGUUUUGCCUGCUUUCUGUUUUACUUUUUCUGGCUUUUGAACAGGUUGUCGAGCUUUUGUUCGAGCGGUAGAAUGGCAAAAUCCAGUGUUUAUUUGGCUCAGGAUCAAUUCAGAUGUUCAAUCUGUUAGGAUCUACUGAAGGAUCCAGUGGCCAUUCCCUGUGGACACAGUUACUGUAUGAGCUGUAUUUCAGGCUACUGGGAUCAGGAUAAUCAGAAGGGAGUCUACAGCUGCCCUCAGUGCAGACAGACCUUCACCGCAAGACCUGCUUUAGGUAAAAACACUAUAAUGGCUGAAGUGCUGGAAAAUAUCAGGAAGAGCAAACUACAAACUGCUCGUCCUGCUCAGUUUAACUCUGAAUCUGUAGAUGUGGAGUGUGAUGUUUGUACUGGGAGAAAAUAUAAAGCUGUGAAGUCCUGUCUAGUGUGUCUGGAAUCUUAUUGUCAGCUUCACUUUGAACAACAUGAGGAAAUUCACCCUGGAAAGCGACACAAAGUGACUGAUGCCACUGGACGACUGCAGGAGAUGAUCUGCCCUCAACAUGACAGACUGCUAGAAAUGUACUGCCGAACUGACCAGUGCUGUAUUUGCAUGCUGUGCUUAAUGAAUAAACACAAAACCCAUGAAACUGUAUUACCAGCUGAAGAGAGAGCAGAGAAACAGAAACACUUGACAGAGAGCCAGAGCAAACUCCAACAGAGAAUCCAGGAGAGCCAGAAGGAGCGUGAGGAGCUGAGAGCGGCUUUAGAGUCUCACAAGCGCUCUGCACAGGCAGCAGUGGAGGACACUGAGAGGAUGUUUAAUGAGUUCAUCCAUUUCAUUGAGAGAAGCCGCUCUGAGGUGACACAGCUGAUCAGAGAUCAGGAAAAGGCUGCAGUGAGUGAAGCUGAAGGACGACUGAAGGGACUGGAGCAGGAGAUCGAUGAUCUGAAGAGGAGAAACACUGAGCUGCAGCAGCUUUCAGGCACAGACCAUCACAUCUAUUUCCUCCAAAGUUUCCAGUCUCUCGCUGUUUCUCCAGGAUCUACAGACUCAUCCAGCAUCAGUUCUCUUCCCUCUUUUGGUGAUUUUAGAAUGAUGGUCUCUCAGGUGAAAGAGAAACUGCAGCAGGCUUUUAAAGAAGGACCAGAAAACAUAUCUGGGAUAGAGAAAUUGGAGGGAAGCAAUGAGUCUGAUCGGCCAGGGUUACAGCAAUUGGUGUAUGAAACAACCAUUCAACCAACAUCUGUGGGGCGAUCUGAGAAACAACGCUAUACACAGGGACAACCUCGCUCCAUAGUGGCCAAUGGAGCACUUCAUCCACAUGGUUCUUUGGUAACAUCAGUGCAACAGUAGUCAUUGUGGUUGAUAAAGGAUCCUGUGAAUGAUUGUGGACAUCCUAUGGAAGAUACUAUUUCCCCUUCUUUACAGAGGAUUCCACCUGUUAGACAAUUAAAAUGACUAGCCAGGGAUAAUGAUUAUCAUUUUGACCUGUCAUAAUUCUCUCAAAUUAGAGGCAAAAUGUUGUUGAAUGUUGCCAUUAUAUGUUGUUCUGACUACAUUCACCUGUGUACAGAGUUUUAAAGGACUCUUGAAAAGAGGUGUGCAACAUGAGAGCUUUUCACACUUGAAAUAUUUAACCAUGCAUGGUUAAACAUCCUAAAUUCUGGAUAAACUGAAUCCUGUGUUAUCUGUAGUCUCACACUGCUCAUUCUAUGCCUGGGGUUAACAAACAAUCAUGGGUAUUGAUUAAAAGUCAUGUGAAGUGCUUUGAAAUGUGCCUUAUUUAUUUGAUUUUUGAUGUAAUCUCAACUGAUACACGAAGACAGGGUGGGGCAUGUAGUAGCUCCAGCCCAAAAACAGCCAAUAGUGUUUCCUUUAUUUAUUUUUUUAUCACAGCUCGUCCUAUGAGAGAGGCUGAGAUUAAUGAAAAGCAUCUCGAAGGGGGUGGGUCAGAUACUAGAGAGCAUUUGAUUUGGUGAGAAGAUUUGAUGAGAAACUGAAGUAUGAUGUCAAAAUUGUUGAUCUAUUUAGUUAAGUGACAGAAUGCAAGCUUGGGAUGUUUAUAUCCUCUAAAUGCAAAUUUGUCUCUUCUUUGGAGCACACUAGCUAAUAGAUAUCCUUAAAAUUGACAUGCUGAUACUAACAUCUAAACACUUUAUUUUAAUUCCACAAGACCUUUAACAUGCGUUUCACACUGUCAGUUCCUAAACCACAGUCUUAUGUUCUUACUCGCAUAUUUGCAGCAUCACUGUGGUUGAUUUCUGCAUCUUGUCAGUUAUGAAAAAUGUUCCAGCAUAGGUCUUUAACUGUUUUAAGCCUCAUGAGUAGGGCCAGACAGAAUCUGCAGACGUUUUUUGCUAUUUCUGCGGAGAAUUUUGGUAAAAAUCUGUGGAUUUCUGCAGAAUUAUUUUGGGAGUAUCAUAACUAAAACCUUAAUAUGUGAAAUAAAAAAUAAUAUCUUUUUAACUUUUAUUUAAUGUUUAAAAUGCAAAUCCAAUUAGAUCCACUUUAUUUGGUAAACAAAGCAAAUCUCCCAUAUAAUAUCUCUACUAAAAGACAGAAAAUAUUACUGUACAAACUGCAUUGUACAUAAAUCAGAAGAACAUUUUUAUAUUAGUCAAUAAUAUUACUGUAAUUAAUGAAAAACUGAAUAAAUAUAGAUUUACACACAUUUACACAAGUAAAUAAACAGAAUUAA